UUUUAUUCAAAUAAGUACUCAAUAUAUAGGCUAAAUAACUCUACACUUCCUCCUAUAAUAUUUGGAAAAUACCCUUUUUUUGGUGGAAAUGUCUAGCGAUUGUGGUAAGGUGGAGGCCGAUGUUGAAAUCAAGGCUUCUGCUGCCAAGUUCCAUGAAAUGUUCACACACAAACCACACCACAUCUCCAAUGCCAGCAAUAGAAACAUUCAGGGCUGUGACCUACAUGAAGGUGAUUGGGGAACCGUCGGAUCUGUAGUCUACUGGAAUUAUUUCCAUGAUGGAAAAGCCAAAGUUGCUAAGGACUUGGUUGAAGCCAUAGACGCUGAAAAUAAUAUGAUCACUUUCAAAGUGAUUGAAGGAGAUCUUUUGGAGCAUUACAAGAGCCUAAGUUCACCAUCCACGCAACUCCGAAUGGCGAGGGAUGCAACGUGCGCUGGACUAUGGAGUAUGAGAAGCACCAUGACGAUAUUGAUGCUCACCUUACAAGCACCGACGCAUAACAAGCACAGAAGGCUUACGGCUUCAUUAUAUAUGGUCUGUGAUUAAUCUGUGUGCUGCAAUCACGAUCUAUCUGCAUGUGUGUGAUCAAUAAAAAUAUUUGAUAUGACGACUGUGUCGUUCGUAGAGCCAUAUAAGUAGGAGGAUAGUAGUUUAAGAGUAGGUUAAAGGUAGUGGGACUGUGGGAGAAUAGUAGUUCACGAGUAGGUAGGUCAUUUUGUAGUUUGGGAUGGGAUGGGGCACACCCUAGCCACCCCUCGGUUUGGUAUGCAAAAUAUAUUGAAAAUGGUUAUGAUAUCCACACACAUUUUUUUACUUUUCACGAACUUUUUUAAUUUUUAGCCGUCUGAUCGGAUGAAUUGAAAAUGAUCAACGGAUAAAAAUUAACAAAGGAUGUGUGAAAAGUAAAAUAGGGUGUGUGGAUAGCAUUCCUAUUGAAAAAUAAAGUUACAUUAAAAAUGAAGGAAUAAAUUAGGGUUAAUCUUAAUUUACUACCUUAAAGUUUUGUAGUUUUUAACAUUUGGUGUAUGAAUUUUUUUCAUCCCAAAGUCAUACCUUAAAUGUUAAUUUUCAAACAUUAUUAUACAUCUGUUAAGUUGUUUAUUCAGUCAACCGUUAACGAAUAACGUGGUAUCUAUUAGAAAAUUAAUUUAAAAUUUAAAAAACUAAACCUAAACCUAAAUCUUAACCAUCCCCCAUCGCUCAGACCCUUCUUCCUCCUCUGUCUUGGCCAACUCGGUCUCCAUCCUCCAUCCUUCUCCCCGCACUCGUCCUUCCCUCACCUCCACCUCCCAACCCGACCCAUGCCUCCUCUAAUCCCUCCAUACCUGACCUGGAUUCCCGAUUUGGACUCUCCACCACCAUGAAAACAUAGAAUUUGAAGGUGCGGCGUGACUGGGUUUUGUCUCGGCGGCGUGACAAGGGCGGCCUGAUCUUCGGCCUAAUCCUCCGCCUCAUGUUUUCUCCUCCGUAAUCUCCAACCUUGCUCGCAAAUCUGCCAACUCACUUUCACUCGAGCUCCGACGAAUCGGUCAACGGCAACAGUAAUCCCUCCUGCAUCUUCUCCGCCGCCUGGUUGGUUGGGACGCUGAUGACGACCCGAAUCUUGGUUUUGGACAGGGCUUUGAGGAUGUACGGGUCGGCAUCGUAGAGGCGGAUGUGGUCGAUCUGCUGGAGCUGCAGAAACGAAACGAGCUCUGACAGAGACAGAAGAUUCGAAACGUCGGUACCGAUGUUCACCCCGACGAACGGCUCAUUUUCUUGGUCCUGGUUUUGCAGCUUGGUGCUUUCGAAUGUCGGCGGAGAAGAUGCAGCUGAAAGUGCCCAGCAGUAAAGUGUUAGAAAUGGUCGAGAAAGUUGCUUGCUAUAAUUGAUUUUUUUAAGUAUUGCUGGGUUUAAACUUUGAAGUGAAGAAAACCCAGUGACCAAAUGGUAAAAAUGGUGUAAAAAGUUGCUUGCUUCCUUGAUUUUUAGAAACUGUUGGGUUUAAACUUUGUAAUGAAGAAAACCCAGCAACCAAAUGUUAGAAUUAGUGAAAAAGUUGAAUGCUUUCUAGAUUAUUUCGAAAUAAUGGAGAAAACCCAAAAAGAAAAUACCACAAGUGGGGAAAAUGUUGCUUGA